UUUCCUUAUCAUUGACUUGAGAAAAAGCCUAAAGAGGGUCUUCGGUUUAUGCAUUCACCUGUUUUCACUUGGACUAUUCUUGACGAAGCACAGGAUUUUCACUACGGUUGUGUCUCUGUCCGCAUGAAUUUCGCAAUUUGGAAGCAAAACCAAUCACGACGCAGAGCUAAGAGGAAAUGGAAAUCUUCUGAACUUUUCUGAUUCAGGCAUGGAGAGAGAGACGAUAAUUUUCAACUACUUUAGGAAGAAAAUUUGUAUAUUUAAGAUAGCAGAAGAAAGUACCGAGGAAAAGGAAAAUCAUAACUGGUGAAGGCCACUUAACUAGCCAUUGCUGCAUCUCCUUAUCCGUUGUUCUUGGGUAGACUGAUCUGAGAGGGAGACAACAUUGUCGGAGGCGUGCAGAAGAACAGUAGUUCGACAAUAAAAAUUACGGAUUUGAAAUGACAAGCGUAGAAAUGGCCGUAGCAGACUCAACAUCUUUCCAAAGACAGUAUCAGAGGGCUGCUUCAGCUCAGUUUAGGAGGCCUCUCCUUCAUCUAGUGUCCACUCAAGAAGCCAGACAUAGAUACCUCACCAAAUGUGUUCCCCUUCACAAAGCAGCACUGAAAGGUGAUUGGAAAGAAGCUAAGAAAAUAUUAGACGAAGAUCCUACACUUCUGAACAGUGCCAUAACAAAGGGGUGGGCCACCGUGCUCCAUGUUGCAGUAGGAGCAAACCAUGUUCACUUUGUUGAGGAGCUUGUAAAACUAAUGCAAAGUGAUGAUUUGGAAUUACAAGAUGACAAGGGAAACACUGCUUUCUGCUUUGCUGCUGCAGUUGGGAAUGUGCACAUUGCUGAGAUAAUGCGCAAAAAGAAUGAAUCAUUGCCAAGAAUUAGGGGUGGAGAAGGAGUUACUCCUCUUCACUUGGCUGCGUUGCAAGGAAGGAGUGAAAUGGCAAAGUAUCUGUUUGAUGAAUCUAAACAAAUACUAGAAGAUGAUGAUUGGGCUGCAGUCUUUCUCAUUUGUAUAAACUCUGGACUAUACGAUCUAGCCUUGGAAAUGCUAAAUCAGAAGGAGUCAAUAGCUUUUGCUAGGGGUGAUAACUAUGAGACAGGUUUGCAUGUCUUGGCUCGAAAGCCUUCAGUUUGUGGUUGCCAAAGCCAACGAUAUCGGAAACACCUCCUGCAUUUCUGCAUGAAGGACCCACCAGCCCUCAAACUUAUAAAACACAUGUGGGAUAUAUUUCUUACCCUGGAUGAUUCAGAGAUGAUGGAAGUCUUAAGAGAACCUUCUCAAGUAACAUUUAUUGCUGCUGAAGUUGGAAAUUUCGAGUUUCUAUCCGUGGUUAUGAGCACUUAUCCUGAUUUGAUAUGGGAAUUGAAUACCAUGGGUCAAAGUAUAAUUCACGUUGCUGCUUUGUAUCGUCAUGCUAGCAUCUUCAGUUUGAUACAUGAAAUAGGACCAAUCAAAGAUUUCAUAUUAACAUUUACGGAUGAUGAAGAGAACACUUUAUUGCACUGCGUUGCAAAGUUAGCCCCGCCAGAUCGACUUAAUAUAGUAUCUGGAGCAGCUCUUCAAAUGAUGCUUGAGCUGUCAUGGUUUGAGGAGGUAAAAAGAAUAAUGCUACCAUCAUUGAUAGAGAUAAAAAAUUUAGAAGGCAUUGCUGCUGAACCACUCUUCACCAAGGAACAUGAAGAAUUGCUUAAAAAGGGGGAGUCUUGGAUGAAGAGAACAGCAAACUCUUGCAUGGUUGUUUCAACUCUUAUUGCUACUGGUGUGUUUUCUGCUGCCUUCAGCAUCCCAGGUGGUAGCAAUGACGAUUCAGGAUCACCCAAUUAUUUGGAGAAACCAUCAUUCUUGAUAUUUGCAUUAUCAGACGCCUUGGCAUUGAUCUCAUCUUCAACCUCAAUCCUAGUUUUCUUGUCCAUCCUCAUCUCAAGAUAUGCUGAGGAUGACUUUCUCAAAUCACUGCCCUUGAAGUUGAUAUCUGGAUUAGUAGCAUUAUUUGUCUCAAUAAUCAGCAUGAUGGUAGCAUUUAGCAGUGCUUUCUUCAUAACAUAUUACCAUGGUUUGAAGUGGGUUCCUAACUUCAUUUCUGCCCUAGCAUUUUUACCAAUACCCUUAUUUAUAAUACUGCAGUUCCCUCUCUGGUCUGACGUAGUGUAUUCUGCCUACAUUUGUAGUUCUUUAUUUAGACCAAGUAAACGCCUGAUUCGCUAAAAUGAUUUGAGCUUGUGCUAAAUAAUAAAUUCUAAUUUUCUUUUGUCUGCAUGUAAUCUGUGAGUUACUGUUUCUCAAAAUGAUGGUUUUACAGUUUGAAUAUAAU